AUGAAGCUUUCUAGCGUGUUUGGUCUGGCCGCAAUGGCACAGGCGUCAUCUGCCUUUUUCCUGCAGAUCAAGGACCAGUCCCUCGCCACCGUCGGCUCCGUCCGCAUCGUGUACAGCUACCGCGGCGCCACGGCCGGCUACCACGACAACGCGCCGUACAUGGGCGCCGUCAUUGGCAAGUCGGGCGCGCUCACCUCGACCGCCGACCUGGGCAACAUUUACUUCAAGGUGGACGAGUACCAGAGCGAAAAGGGCUGGUAUCGGGCCGCCUUUUCGAACCUCGAGGCUCCUACGAGUGCCGAUCUCAAGGGACCCUUUGCCGUGGAAUCGGGCAAGCUCGUAUACAAGGGCGCUGAAAAGGUGUCGUGGACCAUGUGCAACGACAGCGGCGACGGCGGCGAAAACGGCGGCUUGUACUUGCAGCUAUUCCUGACGACGGAUGCUGUGAAGCCGCCCUUUGGCUGCGAGACCAAGUUUGACCUGACCAUUCCCCAGAUUUAA